GGCAUGCUCAGUCUCUGGCCAUUCGGCUAAGGAAGCAGAGCGCGGGCGGAGUGCAGCAAGCUGCGCCGACAGGGCUGAGCGGAGCUUGCGGCCCGAGCCGAGCUGAGCCGAGAAGCGCCGAGCGGAGCCGAGCGCCAGUCUAGGGGAGACAUGCAGAUGAUGAGUAGGAACGUUCUUCUGAACAUGGAGCUGGAAGAUGAUGACGAUGAGGAUGGAGACAUCGGUGAUGUUCCUGACUCCAGGAGACCUUUUCUGGCUCCUCAUUCUCUCCUACCAUCCGGUCUGGUGCUGGAAAACUUGGACCAGACAAUUGUCUGUCCCACCUUCAGCUCGCUGGAGAACCAGCAGGAUUUCCGAACUCCAGAGUUUGAAGAAUUUAAUGGGAAGCCUGACUCCCUCUUUUUUACCGACGGCCAGAGACGGAUCGACUUUGUUCUUGUAUACGAAGAUGAAACUAAAAAGGAGAACAAUAAAAAAGGAACAAAUGAAAAACAAAGGAGGAAAAGACAAGCCUAUGAGUCUAACCUCAUCUGUCAUGGCCUGCAGCUGGAAGCAACACGAUCAGUUUCUGAUGACAAGCUUGUGUUUGUAAAAGUACACGCACCCUGGGAAGUGCUGUGCACCUAUGCUGAGAUCAUGCACAUCAAACUCCCCCUGAAACCCAAUGACCUGAAGACCCGCUCAGCCUUUGGCACCCUCAACUGGUUUACCAAGGUCCUCCGCGUGAAUGAGAGUGUCAUCAAGCCAGAGCAGGAGUUCUUCACUGCCCCGUUUGAGAAGAGCCGGAUGAAUGAUUUUUAUAUCCUUGAUAGAGAUUCCUUCUUCAACCCUGCCACCAGAAGCCGCAUUGUUUAUUUCAUCCUCUCUCGAGUCAAAUACCAAGUGAUGAACAACGUUAACAAAUUUGGGAUCAAUAGACUGGUCAGUUCUGGAAUCUACAAGGCAGCGUUCCCUCUGCACGAUUGCAAAUUUAACUAUGAGUCGGAGGACCCCAGCUGUCCUAGUGAACGUUACCUCCUGUACAGGGAAUGGGCUCACCCUCGAAGCAUCUAUAAGAAGCAGCCUUUGGACCUUAUCAGGAAGUAUUAUGGAGAGAAGAUUGGAAUCUACUUUGCUUGGCUAGGCUACUACACUCAGAUGCUCCUGCUUGCAGCUGUGGUGGGCGUGGCCUGCUUCCUCUAUGGCUAUCUCAAUCAGGAUAACUGCACUUGGAGCAAAGAGGUCUGUGAUCCUGAUAUCGGCGGCCAGAUCCUAAUGUGUCCCCAGUGUGACAAGCUGUGUCCAUUCUGGAGACUAAAUAUCACCUGUGAGUCUUCGAAGAAAUUGUGCAUCUUUGACAGUUUCGGAACCCUGGUAUUUGCAGUAUUUAUGGGAGUGUGGGUUACGCUGUUUUUGGAGUUUUGGAAGCGGCGCCAGGCAGAGCUUGAGUACGAAUGGGACACCGUUGAGCUACAGCAGGAGGAACAGGCCCGGCCAGAGUAUGAAGCCCAGUGCAAUCACGUGGUAAUAAACGAGAUCACUCAGGAGGAGGAACGUAUCCCGUUUACUACCUGUGGGAAGUGUAUCCGGAUCACCCUGUGUGCGAGCGCUGUCUUAUUCUGGAUCCUGCUCAUCAUCGCGUCUGUGAUCGGCAUCAUCGUCUACAGGCUGUCGGUGUUUAUUGUGUUCUCUACAACCCUCCCCAAGAAUCUCAACGGGACUGACCCAAUCCAGAAAUACCUGACACCACAGAUGGCCACAUCCAUCACAGCUUCUAUCAUCAGCUUCAUUAUCAUCAUGAUCUUGAACACUAUCUAUGAGAAGGUGGCCAUCAUGAUCACCAACUUCGAACUCCCAAGGACCCAGACUGACUAUGAGAAUAGCCUGACCAUGAAGAUGUUCUUGUUCCAGUUCGUCAACUACUACUCCUCGUGUUUCUACAUUGCGUUCUUUAAGGGCAAAUUUGUCGGCUAUCCAGGGGACCCAGUGUAUUGGCUGGGCAAGUACAGAAACGAAGAGUGCGACCCGGGCGGCUGUCUCCUUGAACUGACUACACAGCUGACAAUCAUCAUGGGCGGAAAGGCGAUCUGGAAUAACAUACAAGAAGUGUUGUUCCCAUGGGUCAUGAAUCUGAUUGGACGCUAUCAACGAGUUUCAGGAGGAUCAGAAAAGAUAAUUCCACGGUGGGAACAGGACUACCAUCUACAGCCCAUGGGCAAGCUGGGGUUGUUCUAUGAGUAUCUCGAAAUGAUUAUUCAGUUUGGGUUCGUCACCUUAUUUGUGGCCUCUUUUCCACUGGCUCCCCUGCUGGCUCUGGUGAACAAUAUAUUGGAAAUAAGAGUGGAUGCCUGGAAGCUGACAACACAGUUUAGACGCAUGGUACCAGAAAAAGCCCAGGACAUCGGCGCGUGGCAGCCCAUCAUGCAAGGGAUAGCCAUCCUGGCUGUAGUGACCAAUGCCAUGAUCAUUGCUUUCACAUCAGACAUGAUCCCUCGCCUCGUGUAUUAUUGGUCCUUCUCCAUCCCUCCCUAUGGGGACCACUCCUACUACACCAUGGAUGGCUACAUCAACAACACUCUCUCCGUCUUCAACAUCACAGACUUCAAAAACACAGACAAAGAAAACCCGUACAUUGGGCUUGGCAACUAUACCUUGUGCAGGUACCGAGACUUCCGAAACCCACCUGGGCAUCCGCAAGCGUAUAAACGCAAUAUCUACUAUUGGCAUGUGAUUGCUGCCAAGCUGGCUUUUAUCAUUGUCAUGGAGCAUGUCAUCUACUCUGUGAAGUUUUUCAUUUCAUAUGCAAUUCCAGAUGUGUCAAAAGUCACGAAGAGCAAGAUCAAGAGGGAGAAAUACCUCACACAAAAGCUGCUUCAUGAGAGUCAUCUCAAAGACCUGACCAAAAAUAUGGGGCUUAUAGCCGAGAGGAUGGGAGAGGUGGUUGACAACAGUGUGCGGCCAAAACUCGAAUGAGGAAGAGUAUAUAUCCCGAGAAGCACUUUAAAAAGAAUUAGCUCUCAGGCAUGUCUCGAAUUUCUAGAGAGGAUGUUGUUCACUCACUCAGGCAAAUGGGAGUCUUCACUGUGCCCAUUUCUGCCUGUAUUGGUUUUCAGUUUCAGCUAGCAAUAUGGGAACUGAAAAAUGGAAAACAUUGAUCAAGAAAGGCAUAAAACUACCUACCUGGAAAACCUGAAUAUGUUCCCUGUUUUUGAUAAAUUGGAAUUUCAGUAACAGGAAAAGCCUCGAAGCUUGCUUGAGUCCUUCCUGGGGACUUUGUCUGGUCUCAAGUACUUUCCUGUGCUUAAUUUUUGCAUUUUGCCAAAUCUAUCCAAGACCUAUUUCAUCCGUCCUGACCGUAGCAUCACCAAAGACCAGGCAUACCUCAGCCUUAAUCGUUUUUGUGUUAUUAACAAUAGCCAGCUCAGAAUUGAGUCUGGAUGCCAUAUUAGGUGCCAGGUAUACUGAAGAGUUCACAGUAUUUCAGUCUCUCUUACUACACCCCUAAGGAAGGAGACCUCGUGGUAUAAGAAACAACGUCCUUCUUCAUUUCAGCCUUAGAUAGGCAUGAAGAAAGAGGGUAUUAAAAGAAGCCUGUCCCUGUUACUCCAUGGGACACCUGCCUUCCAGCAGCACUCCCAGCAUGCUCUGGGCCCAAUCAACAUUGACUGCUCUGUAGAUCGUGAGGGAGUGCGAUGUACCGAUCUGGACAUUUAAUUUACCUCUUCUUGAUUAUGUAAGAUUCUUGGGGAAGUGAUAAUCAAAUGAUUGUGACUGUGUUGUUAUCACCAUUAGUGGGCUGGGAACUGUAAGCCCAUCAACUGUGUACAAACUGACUUACCCGGAAGGAAGGCACUACAAUCAGCCUGUCUGCUGAAAAGGUUGGUGCCCUGACAGCAAUGGGCGUGGUCAGAGCAACAGCCAGCAACUAGCCCUGUCCUGUGAACCUUGCAUGGCCAGCUGCACCCACUGGGAGUCCUACUGACCUUUCUGCUUGCCACAGUGACCAGCUUGCUUGCCAUCUCUUCAUUUCCUAGGUCCAGUAUCCCAUUUGUAAUCCCAGCUGUGCUAGAGACAAAUCUACCCGGAUUACUGCCAUUUGAGGAAGGAGACCCUGGAUUUAGUUUGAGCCCCCAGCCUCCUCUCAGCCAUCAGGCAGUUAAAGGAAUGGCUGGUUUGUCUGCUGGUAACUUGCUGCUCAGCCCUAGCCCACUGGUGCCUUGCCGUCUUUGCUGCUCACUGGAAAGUUUUCUUGAGCUCUGCAGCCUAUGCGCUCUCAGCUUUCCUCCAGCACGUCUAGAGGAGACGUGGCUACACCUCAAACCCUUGAGGAUGGAUGACAGAGGUCAGUACUGGGUGAAGAAGGGAGGGCCUGCCUCACAGUUUGAGAUGGGCCUCUGCUGACUAGAUUGGUAUGGAAUGCCUGGGUGCCCAGGAGCCCCAAGGAAAGUGAACAGGUUUAGAGACCUCCUCAGGGCCACAGUUCUAAAUGCCCGCCCAGAACAGUGUAUUAGAGUGUUCAACAUGAUUAAGAAAGCAGUGUUCUGGGCUUUUAAGUAGACCAGUGGGUUGGCAGAAACAUUUCCCCACCUCCCUUGUACUGGGAGUCCAGGAGCUGCCAUAGAGUGUCUACCUGUGCUGAGACAUAAACGACUGCCUCCCCCCACACCGGGGAUGGCCUCCCUCCACAGCUGACACCAGGUGCCACUCCCUGUCCCCACUCAGACUGCCCUGGAGUGCCUCACUAUAUUACCUCCUUUCCAGAGCCCAUGCUUGCUCAUUUCCUAAGGAUGUACUCGCACUUUACAUAACAGAAAAGGAAAUCAGCCUUGCGUCUGUUUUUUCCUCCUUUCUUUGUGUGCACAAAGAAAACUGCAAGUGAAAAGUGCAUUUAUUCAUCAGUAUCCUCCAGCCAAGAACUCCCUUCACAGUGUAGAAAGUGCCACUGUGGACAGGAGAAGAAAACACAGACAAAAUAAAACAAAACAAAACCGGCUUUUCCGAAGGGAGCAGGUGUGGCGUCUGACACCGCCGGAGUGCUGAAGGCUAAGUUCCAGUGAGCUGUUGGAUCCCGAGGCAUCAGUAUCAUUCCUGUGAGGCCUGUGUCAAGUUGGUGAUGGAGAGGAACAAGGGACACCUGCAGUGGCAGUCUGCAUCUGCCAGCACAGUGAGGUAGUCCCCAGUCCCAGGGCAUCAAGGGCAUGACAGUGGCCAGUGGGGGAAGGAUCCGGCUCUCCACCUGUUCAGCGUUAACCACUAGCAAAGUUUAUAUUGCCUUCGAAUCUUAAUCAAUGGAAUCAGUAGACCCAAUAACUCAGGGGAUUUUCCUUUACAUGUUCCUCAGAUCAGUUAGAUAGUCCAUUAGACAUAGAAGGCCUUUAUUAGUCUUGAAAUCAAACAAGGCCAUGUGGUAACAAGUGUGUCAAGUUCUCCUCUUUGUAGUGCACAUGCGCCGUGAGUUUCACAGGACACUCUCGUUGGCAGCAGAACGUGAUGUGUUGGUUACACACUUAUUGUGCUCUCCUCACCUUCCCAUUAUGGUCGAGAAGUGGAAGCAGUGCACAGCUUAGCUAAGAAGGGGCUGAAAAUCAUGAUGCUUCCCAGGCAAUGUAGCAUCAGUAUUGUUUGUAACUGAUGUUUGUUCAUUUCUAUGCAUUUUAAUAUUUUUUAAUUAUGAGCAUUUUAAUAAAUUCAGUUUUACAAACAA